UCUUAUCUUGCUAUGCCAACCAAACAUUGUACAAUUUAGUUGCUUUUCUUUUCCCUCUGUUCACGACACAAGGACCAUGAAAAGAUCAGACUUUACAAUACGAAGCUUAGCCUUUUGUUUUUUAGUUCUAUUUGCUGAAGGUUCGGAUCUCGUCAGGCUCCCUGAGAGGGACGAAGCCUUUUUUAUCCAAGCUAAAUCCAGUGAUAUUGUAGUGAAAACAGGAGGGUCAUUCUUGUUAAAUUGCCAAAUCAAUAAGCCAUGGCACACGUGCAGUUGGAAGCCACCAAAUAAGGAAUGGUGUUCGUUUCUUGCCACCACUAAAUAUGACACAGGCUGCAACUCCAACGACAGAAUCAAUCACGCGCUCGGACAUCUCGAAUUUGAGUCUCCUGUAAAUAAGAAUUGCUUUAUCACAGUAACUCAUGCCCAGCCCAUGGAUUCUGGCACAUGGAAUUGUCACGCUGCUCAAGAAGUCACGAGUGCCAGUGAGCAGAUAGUCGAAAGUGUGAGUGUUACGGUCGUCCAUCCCGUUGAACUGAUGCCAAUAUCGUCGGAAACAUUCAUUUUCGCGAAUGAAAGUGACAAGGCUGAAAUUGUUUGCAAUGCAACGGUCAUUGGAGAAGAAGAGCCCAAGAUAACUUGGCUGGUGAAUCACAGAGAGGUUAACCCUCACAGGGUGACGAGGGAACCAAAAGAGGGUCCAGGUGAAGAUGGGCGGUGGUUUUUAUUGGUUGGCUUGCAAUUGAAGAAUAUACCAAACGACUCUCAUCUAGUGUGCCGGAGCAAACAAACUUUCCCAAAUGGCACUGUUUGGCUCGAAAAAGUGGUCAUGACUCAGUUGCAUAUUGUGGCAAAGCCUAGCCCCUUGAAAGCACUUGAAACUGAGGAUGAGGGUUCACAUACCAAUGUUGCUGGGACGACGAUUGCUGCUUUAGUUGUUAUUGCCACAUUCAUCAGCAUAUUUUUGAUUUGUUAUGCCAAACAAAAGAAGACAUGGUGCUACAGACCCGACGAAAAACCUAUUCUAAAUGAUCAACCCUCUCCAAGUGCACCUCAGUACGAAGAAGGAUCAUUGUUAAUUCAAAACAUUAACAGUAAUCCCCCUCCACCUUUGGUUGAACCUGUACAAGAUGUUCUUCUUGGACGAACGGAAACCCAACCUAGUUCCCAAAUCAACGAAUUGCACCAAGAGAGUACAAAUGGAGUAAUGUCAGGGUCUUCAUCUGAUACUGGGCUCGGGUCUAGCCUUGAUAAUAACUUGGAAAAUACUGCACGUAAAAUUCCAAAAGAUCCUUUGAACUUUGUUGCAAUUUCAAAUCCGAAUAUCUUUAACCAAAUGGAGGCAACUGAAAUGGGUGAUAUUGAUGGGGUCGUGAGGAUAUCAACGGAUUCGCUGAACACCCGGUAUGCUGAGCUCAUUUCUGCCGCUCCAGCAAGUACGUUCAUCAGGAGCCAUUCCUUGUCCCAAGACCGAGAACCGGCUACGGAACCAAUUUACGCACAAAUUGGGGGGGAAAAGCGACCGCUCACACAACCGGCGAGUUUUCCGAACCUCGAAAAGAAACGAGUGGCCCGGCACAAUAACUAUGUGAAAGUAACCCUCCCGAAUUGAAUGAAUUGUUUACUUGCAGAACUGAUCUCAUUUGACUACAACUUCAUUGUGAAUUAAAACAAAAAAGCCUCUUUCGUGA